ACCAAAGCAGAGAAAGACUGGGAGAGAGAGAGAAAAAGAGGUGGAUAAAGAAAGGAAUAGUAGAAAUAGUGGCUAAGAAGUAAAUGAAAAAAGGAGAGAUUAACAUAAAAUAAAAGAGAGAAAAGUGGUUUAAGAGACAGUGACUGGAAAAUCACUUUAACCCGGGACAGAAUAGACUGAAAGAGAGAGAGAAUAGACUAGACACAAAUGAAAAGAACUCUUGGACUUGAAACACGUUCAUGCGUGGACUGCUGCUACUUCUGCUGUUGGUGUGAUCUGUCAUUCCCUGCCACAGUGUGUGUGUGUGUUCUUGAGAGGCAGAGGAGUGAGUGUGCUUGUGUGUGUGUGAGCCUGUCGUUCCUCUGGAGUCUACAGGACCAUGGCACCUGUCAGAAACGGAUGAACUUCAGGCUUAAAGGACUUAGAAGAAAGAAAGCAAAAAAUAUAAAGAGGAAAAAAGGCCUCGAGCAUAGAGAGGAAACUCCAGAUCCACAGCAUCACUGUCACGACAAGCAGGAAAACUAAGAGCAGUCACAGCAACAGCUGCCACGACAACCAGCAUCCCAGUCAACCAUCUGCGUGACAGCUGUCUGUGUCUACCCUUAACUGCUAAAAAGUCUUGGUACUCUUCAGAAGAAGCAAGAAGAUGAUGACUAUGAUGAUGGCGUUGAUGAUGGGCAGCUCACUGAUCCUGCUCGGGCUGGUCAGCAUCAAUGCUUCAUCUAGUGGAAGUUCUUCAACAUCCGUUUCCUUGCCACGCAUGAAACUUUCUAACAAAGAUCUUCAGCAGUUCAAUGGAGUCAAGCGUUUUGAGUUGGAACGUUCCUGUUGUUUUGGAACUCUCCUGUUGGACGAGGAGAGAGGAAGGCUUUUUGUUGGUGGACGUAACUUUCUGUUAUCUCUCAGUCUCGACAACAUCGGCAAACAGGAACAGAAGAUUUACUGGCCAGCCCCUGUGGAUUGGAGGGAAGAGUGCAACUGGGCAGGGAAAGACAUCAAUAUGGACUGCGUAAACUAUGUAAAAGUGCUACACCACUAUAAUCGAACUCACUUGUAUGCCUGCGGGACUGGGGCAUUCCACCCCACCUGUGCUUAUGUGGAAGUGGGACAGAAGUUGGAGGAUCAUGUGUUUAGAAUUAAUCCCUCUCUGGUAGAAGAUGGAAAAGGAAAGAGUCCAUACGACCCACGUCACACAUCAGCAUCUGUUCUGAUUGGUGAUGAGCUUUAUGCGGGUGUGGCCACUGAUCUGAUGGGGCGGGACUUUACAAUCUUCCGCAGUAUGGGACAAAGACCCUCCAUACGAACAGAACAGCAUGAUUCUCGCUGGCUCAAUGAACCGAAGUUCAUAGCCGCAUUUGGUGUCCCCGAGAGUGAGAAUCCUGAUGAUGAUAAAGUCUUCUUCUUCUUCAGAGAAACUGCUGUGGAAGCUCAGGGGUUCGGAAAGGUUACCUAUGCACGGAUUGGUCAGCUCUGCAGGAAUGAUAUGGGAGGACAGCGCAGUCUAGUAAAUAAGUGGACAACAUUUCUGAAGGCCCGUCUUGUGUGUUCUGUACCAGGCCAUGAUGGCACUGAAACACACUUUGAUGAACUUAGGGAUGUGUUCCUGCUGCAGACCCGUGACAGAAAGAACCCGCUGAUCUACACCGUCUUUACCACUUCCAGUAGUGUAUUUCAAGGUUCUGCAGUGUGUCUCUACACCAUGAAUGACAUUCGGCGGGCAUUUUUAGGGCCCUUUGCCCAUAAAGAGGGACCUAAUUACCAGUGGGUUCCAUUCCAGGGUAAAGUGCCAUACCCACGGCCUGGCAUGUGUCCUAGUAAGACCUUUGGUAGUUUUGAGAACACUAAAGGUUUCCCUGAUAACGUGAUCCAGUUUGCAAGACAUCAUCCUUUAAUGUUUAAUUCAGUCACUCCACUUGGAGGUCGGCCUGUGUUUCUGCAUACCGGAACACAGUACAGCUUCACUCAGAUUACUGUAGACCGCGUCAGUGCAGCUGAUGGACACUAUGAUGUCAUGUUCAUUGGCACGGAUGUUGGCUCUGUUCUGAAGGUGAUCUCAGUGCCUAAGGGAAGCUGGAGUAACACAGAGCUUCUGCUGGAGGAACUGCUGGUCUUUAAGGAUUCCUCAUCUAUCAUUAGUAUGCAGAUUUCUUCUAAACGGCAACAGCUAUAUGUUGGCUCAGAUACAGGUGUUGUCCAGGUGCCCCUGCACCGCUGCAGUAUGUACGGUAAAGCAUGUGCCGAGUGCUGUCUGGCUAGAGAUCCCUACUGUGCCUGGGACGGACACACAUGCACACGCUACCUGCCAAACACCAAAAGAAGGUUCCGUCGUCAGGAUGUGAGGAAUGGUGAUCCUAAUGCACUCUGCUCAGGAGACCAUCAGAAACAGCGUGCCCUAGAGAAGAAGUUAUAUGCAGUAGAUGGAAGCAGCUCUUUCCUGGAAUGUGUACCCAAAUCACUACUGGCUGAGAUAACAUGGACCUAUCAGAGGCAUUCUGAAAACCCUCGGGAGGAGGUUCGUCUGGAUGACCGUGUUUUGCAGACAGAACGAGGCCUGUUGUUAAGACGUGUUGUGCGUAGAGACAGCGGUGUGUAUCAGUGUCACGCAAUGGAACAUGGAUUCACUCAAACCCUCCUUGCCAUCACACUGGAGAUUUUGCCUUCGACUGGCCCCGCCCCUUCCGUUCCUAACCCUCGCAGCCCCACACACACCCACGGGCAGCCCACCAAUCAAAAAGUAUGGUACCGGGACUUUAUGCAGUUGGUGGAUCACCCAAACUUGAGCACGGUUGAUCAGAUCUGCGAACAAGUUUGGUCACGUAAGCACAGCCAAUCAGGAAAGAAUGCUCCCAAUCCAACCAUUGAGCCCCCAGAUCUCGAUCCACUGCACUCGAAUCAUAAAAAGUGGAAGCACCUGAAGGAAGUGAGAAAGGGGCGAAAUCGCAGAACACAUGAUGGAAGACCUGCCCCAAGAGCCCCUCGGAGUGCAGGAGAGUAGCAAAGGAUGAGAGACUGAGUGAACGCGAGACUGAGAAACACAGAGAAAGCAAAAAUGAGAGAUCACUGGAUGUGGACAGAUUUUCACACAGCAUCUCAUUCAGUGACUGGUUUUUCACACCUGUUCUGCUUUUUAUUAUCCCUUCUGACAUCAUUCUGCUCCCGAAGCCACUGCUUGUUAUCAUUCUCGAUAUAUUCCCCUCAUCUCUUGUCUAAAGACCCAAUCUUAUGCCCCUACGACCCCAAUCCCACUCGUGCCUCUGCCUGUAGCCCCAUCAGUUACCUCGUCAGUUUGCUGCAGUCUACUCCUGAUGAUUCUCCUCAAGUUCAUCUAAAUACUAACAGAGAAGACGGUGGAUCACACUCCUGAAUUCCGGGGGAAAUAAAUCCCUUUGGAUUAUAACUGGAAGAACUAUAACUGGAAAAUGAAGACAAACACAUGCAUGCGCUGCCUAAAUUGGUAAACACAGUCUGUUGUAAUCGCACAUUCUGUAAAUUUGUGCAUACUAUGUUUUUGUUUGGCUGUUUGUGCAACGUGUGAUCGACUAGAUUCCUCUCUCACUUUGGCCCUGAAGCAGAGACACCAGAGACCACACAGACCUCUGACUCACCAGCACCGGAUAAACAUCAUCAUUUUUUUUUUACACUGCAUGAAAACUUUCAUCCUUAAAAAGCAAAACAGAAAGAAAUGCAAGAAAAAGAAACACAAAAAAUGCAUUUGUGAACUAGUAGAGUUGUAAAUAUGAGUGUUUUUAAGUGAAUGUUUUUCAUUCCAUAGUUAUUAUAUACCUUGAAAACAUUAAGAGGUCAGUGAGCUUUACAUUUCUGUCAAAGUGAAUUUUGAUUUUGAAUUCCAUUUUAUUGAAUAGUUUUGUUUCAGUCGGUUUCUUUUAUUUGUGGUGAUAUGUGUUAUAUGAGACUGAUAUGGAAAAAUGCACAGGGGCAUUAUAGGUAACAUGGAGACCAAAGGAGGAAAUCUACAGAGAAACAUUUUUAGAAGCAUUGAGGUCUAAACUCUACAGUGCUGUUCUCAAAAACUGCAAAAAUAGUGGUAUUUGUAUGUAUCACAGCUUUUUAGUCAGCUCUAUCAUGUUCAAAUAAAUUAUUAUAAUUCUAUAGAUAUAUUCUCUGUUUUAAACAAAUGACCAUUCUGUGAACAUCUUAUAAAUCCCCAUCUUAUAUUUGACUUCAUCGCUAACUUGUUCAUUGCUAACCCUUGUUCAUUAAACAUCUCCACUUUCUAGCUCUCAAUAUGACAAUUCAGACAAAUAUUUAACAUAUAAUAACUCAUUUUUUGUCUAGGCAGACCAAUGGUCCAUUUAAGUUUUGUUUUGUUUUUAUUGUUUAAAAAAAAACUGUGUUGAAUUUGUUACUAAGGGCAUGUUUUCAAAAAUUAUUUGAUGCCAAAUUAUUAUUUUAUUUUCCAGUUGCAAAUGCGGAUGUGGAAGUGAAUCUAAUAGUCCAAAAAUGAAAUUCUACCAAUUUACUGUGGUUACUAUACUCUACAGCAAAUCCCAUAGUUACUACAUUCAUUUCUAAUCCAUUAAAACUCUGCAAACUUGGUACCAUUGUUAUCAAAAACAAAACAAACAAACAAAAAAAAAAAUAUAGAAAAAUUCAUAAAGAUUUUAAACUGUUUAAAGUGAUCAUAUAUUAAUUUAUCAUGAUUUUACAAUAGUAGCAAUAACUGUAGUAAUCAUGGCGUUUUAUUUGUCACUGUGAUUACAGUGGUCAUUUUUUUGGGAUUGAGCACUGAAGGCACAUGGAGAGGUCACAGGUGUACAGUACACUGGUGUGGUGGUGCUCUUGAGCUUUGUGAAGGGCGCCCUCGUCUGGUUAUUGUGUGUAUUGGUUGUUCCUGCUGAGUUGAAAAGAGAAAAAUUCGGCACUGUUAAAUAAUCAAUUUUGAUUCAUUUUAUAAACAGAUUAAACUUCUUUUUUAAACAAGAAUAAUUAUUUGAAAGGAACUGGUCGAUUCACAUGUGGUAGUAUUUAUAUCUGUUUAAGUUGUACUUAUGGUUAUACCAUUUUUUUUAAUUCCAUUUUUUGCAUGGCGUCUUGAUGAGCGUUCUUUUUUUAUUGAAAAAAAAUAUGUUUUUUAAACUAUCCUACGAGGUUAUCUGGUGUUUUCAUGGUAUAUUUAUAAGACUCGAUAAGCUAAUGUGUUGUGGUGGUUUGUGCCCAAAUGACCUACUUGUGUAAUGUCCAUUUUGAUAGAGGAGAAUAUGAUCAUGCUUGUGUGUAUAUUUUGAAAUUCUUUCCCUACAUUUCCCUACCUAACCUGACACUACAUUUGAAAGUCACUUUUUGCCAAAUAGUUUUUUCUCGGAAGACUAAUUCAAAAGAGAUUCCAAAUAGCUUUUCCAACUCAUCUGAUUCCCUUUUUACCUUGUGACGCUUCUCAGAUUUUGAGAGUGUCAGAAAACAGCAAGUGUAAAUGUCUCUUUGUGAGAGACUUUGUGUGUUUGUGAGAGACUCUGUGUGUCAUUAAAUAUUAGGACUUCAUUUUGUGGACUGGUCAAAGGUUAUAGGCCAAAGUUGACAUGAACACUGUAUUACUCCCUGAGUUUUUUUCUCUGUGGAUUGUUGCAUCAGACUGUAAUUGAUUAACACAAUAAAACAUUCAGUUACUUCAAAAUAGUG